UAAACACUGUGUGUAAGUCACACCCACCGUGGCUUUGUGGCAGCAGAACCCCCCCGGUCUCCAUUGGGGUCCGCUGCUGAUAAAGCUGGACUUUGAGCACUGACGGACCUCGGGCUGUGUGCUGUGUGCUGUGUGUGCUCUGGGUGUUUCUUUGAAUACACUAUGUGGGGCAUUUGCAGCAGAACGAUGUUCUUUGUGUUGGAUGUGUACAACAGUGAUGGAACUCCACUGACAUCCGAUCAGCUCUGCGUUCAGCUGGAGAGGAUCUGCAGCUCCUCAACGCAGGCCGACGUGGAGCCUGUGGGCAUCCUUACCACCCACCAUCGCGACUCCUGGGGCAAGGCCUACGUCAACCUCAUCAAGGAUAAGACCAACAAAGAAUCCGUGUCAGCUAUCCAAAGGAGCAUCUUCGCCCUGUGUUUGGACGGAGCCAUGCCUCGAGUGUCUGAUGAUACCUACCGCAGCUCUGCCGCCAUCCAGAUGCUGCAUGGAGGAGGCAGCCAGUGGAACAGUGGCAACCGCUGGUUUGAUAAGACGCUGCAGUUUAUUAUUGGAGAGGACGGGACGUGCGGUGCGAACUACGAGCAUGCCCCAGCUGAGGGCCCACCCAUAGUGGCCUUGAUCGACCACGUUGUAGAAUACACGAGGAAGCCAGAGAUGGUUCGGUCUCCCAUGGUCCCUUUGCACAUGCCCAGGAAACUGCACUUCAACAUCACGCCUGAGAUUAAGAAGGACAUUGAGGAAGCCAAGCACCACAUGAACACACUGGCCCAAGACCUGGAUAUGAGAGUCAUAGUAUUUGGCCACUUUGGGAAAAAUGUCCCGAAGGCCCACAAGAUGAGCCCUGAUGCUUUCAUACAGAUAGCCUUACAGCUGGCUUACUACAGGAUGUACAAGUGCUGCUGUGCCACAUAUGAGAGCGCCUCCCUGCGUAUGUUCAGACUGGGCCGUACCGACACUAUCCGAUCAGCCUCAAGCGCCUCGGCCGCCUUCGUCAAGGCCUUCGACGAGCCCGGCAAACAGAACACGGAGAAGGUUGAUCUAUUGGUGAACGCCGUGAAAGCACACAGGUCAUACACUAACAUUACACCUUCUGGGCCUUAAGAUGGUGGCUAUUGAGGAAAAACUACCCAUACCUGCAAUCUUCACAGACACUGCCUACGCCAAAGCCUUACACUAUCAGCUAUCUACAAGUCAGGUACCGUCCAAGACUGACUGCGUCAUGUGCUUCGGCCCCGUCGUGUCCAAUGGAUACGGCGUGUGCUACAAUCCCAUGAACAAUCACAUCAACUUCGCGGUGUCGUCUUUUAACACCUGCGAAGAAACCAGCGCAGCGCGUCUGGCCCGGGCCGUGGAGGGGGCGCUGCUGGACAUGAGGACACUGCUGGAACAAACCCCGAGAGCCAAACUGUGAAGCUCCUCCAGAGUUUACUGAACGUCUUCGUAGAUGAAGUGGACGAUACGGUGCUGCCUCCUAAUGAGUCACACUCGAUAGGAAGACCAUUCUUUGUGUGAUUGAGUGACACUUGACCCUACCGCUGCAGCUGGUAUUCUGAACCAGUAUUCUGUUUUCUCAGCAUGUUAUUGAUCAGCAUUGUGCACUUUAAAUCAUGCUUGUGUAAUGUGGUACAAUCCACACACACAUCCACACACACUUUAAAUUAAUAAUGAUGCACACUUUUCUGCUUCAAAAAGUAACUGAAAUAUCAACAGAAAUGAUCUUUUUGAUGGAUAUUUUCUGAUUUUAUCACCCACGAGUCAACCCUGUUUUGUCUGGUUUAUGCCUCUGUGCCUUCGACCUCCAUUGUUGCUUUAAACCUAUUAAAGUCACCGGGCUGCACUGCUGCAUUAGGUGACAUGUUGUUUCAUUCAUAGGUGGCAGUAGUACGCACAUUGUUUACUCUAGUAGAAGUAGAGAUACAUAUCUGAGGUAUAAACUCAGGUAAAAUUAGAAGUACUGAAUCAACUUCUUUACUCAAGUAAAAGUAAGUAAGUACAGGUGCUGAAAUGUAAUCAAAUAGAGUGGCUGAUGGUGAAACUAUUGUAUGCAGCAUAAUAAGCGGAUAUUACAGCAUCCUGCUUUAACUUUCAUUUAGAGGGUACAAAGACUACAUAACAGACCCUAUCUUGUAUCCAUCUAAUUCCCCCUCCUCUUUUAUUCUGAAGGUCCGUUUCGGAAGUCUUAUCACUUCCUUUGAACUGUAGAUUUUUUUUGGUUUUGUUUUUAUGCCUCCCACUGCACUGUUUCCUGUACACAGAUUGUUAGACAGAGCGUGCAGUAUAUUGAUCCAUGGUCAUUUCUACCAUAUGACUCCCAGCAGGCUCUGUGUGUUUUUUUUUUUUUUUAGCCACUUGGUGAGAAAAGUCAGGCUCAAAAUCCUGUAAAUAGGAUCUUUUCUUGACUUUAUCAGUUUUAUGUUGCCAUGUUUGAAAAUAUGUAACAUUGCCUGUGUUGUGAAAAGUGCCAAGCCACAUAUUUUAAUUUCGAAUCAUGUUUUCAGAUCAUUUGUAAACUGCAAAAUCACUGGAUCUUCAUCAGAUAGAAAUGUCAGAUGAGACUUUUGUUGGCCAGUUAGCAUUUCAGCCAUGUUUGUUGUGCAAGGAGAUCUAAUUAAUCUGAAUGUAGAAAUGAAGCUGAUGACACAGGGAGAACAAUCGAGCAGGAACAUUGCAUAAUAAUGGGGAGUGUGUGAUGGGGGAGGGAGAGGGGAGGAGGUUAUUGAUGGUUGCUCAAAUUGUUCAACACUUCUUCCCAAAUGAAAUGCUUAUUUUCUAAAAGCA